UGUAUACUGUAUGGAUGAUUUUGACAGGCUAUGUAAAACGUCGGGCUGAUUCCUCUCAGGUUUCUUUCUGCUUGUAUGGAGUUCGUUGAACUAAUAAGUGGUUAUGUUGUCUUUUAUGGCGCGUGAGUGUCAUUCAAGUUUGUUUACAAAUUUUCGGAGCUGUGUAUAUCUUUGUGAUGCGGCUUGUCGACGGCGAAUUGGAAAUGAUUAAUCACCAUUUAUAAGCGCUAAUCGGACACAUAAUAUAUGCUUCGUAUAACAAACCUUUCGUAAAUACACGCUACAAGAAAUUGAACCUAACCUAACCGGUACGCGACGCUGGCUGUUUCUCCACUGUACAUAAACAUCAAUGCCGGGACGCUUUGCGAGCGCUUUGCAAAUAUCGACUGACCUGUGGUAGUUGCUUAAUAAUUUGCUACCGGUGGCAGACGAUUGUUUAGAUGGAUAAUGAGCGAGUCCGAUGACACGGAUGUUUUGCUCCUGAUCCCGCCUGACAUAUUCCACGUACCGUCUUCCGACUCUGACACCAGCUCGAGCAAUCACGUCAGAACGGAUUGCGGGAAGACCGGUGUUAUCUCGGAGCUGGUGGGACAUAUGCAAUCAUUGGAGUUUCGAAUUUCCGCGAUCGAGUCCAGAGAUAAUAGCCUGGACAUUUCUGCGCCAAACAGUUUGCUUAACGACUCUCAGUUAAUCCACGGCAGUGCGUCCUAUCCUUACCAACGGCAGACCCUACCUAGAACUAGGUUCUCCGUAAGUCAAGGAUCCAGCUUGCAAAAUUCCCCUGUGAAGCUGCGUAAAUCUCUAUCCGUUCCUUCCACUCCCAAUGGAUAUCCGUCGCAGAGCUGUACUAACUUCCUGAAGAAAGACGCGAGGUCAUCUGGGUGUCAUCCUUCGACAGCUGUUACUUCUAAUUCAACUAAUACUAACACUCUUACUCGGGUUAAGCAUGAUGUUUUAACUUCGUACACUGAUUCCUCUGUGGUACCUCCUGCUUCCUGUGGUACUGGGCCCUCGCAUGCCACUGUUAUGUCUGCGACAAAGGACUCCUAUUUGUCUCUUCGACAGAAUGAUUGUCAGCUGCUACAUCCCCGUUCUAAAGUAGUACAAGAGAUGGAACUAUCAGAGGUUGACGAGUUACUCCAAGAAAUGGAAGCUACUGAAUUAGAAUUAUCGAAAAGAAUAAAUAACACUAGUGGAUAUCAGUAUCGCAAUGAAUCACUUCAUCCAACGCUAUCAACUGAAACUAUUAAUAAUGCAAGUAGUCAAGAAAAAGAAGCACAUCAUAAAUUUGAUGUGCAUCGUAAAUUAGAUUUUCAAUGGGAGAACAAAGAUACUCAACUCACUGAUACUUCAUCAAUCUUUUCUCAAAAAAAAACAAAUAAUACAUUCCCUGAUAUAUCAUUAUCGUACAAUGAUUCAUUCCAUGCAAAUGAGACUGAUAAAAUGAUUUCUGAAUUUAAAACAUGGGAACGAAAUGUUCAGCCUGUUAUAAAACCAAAUGGAUAUACAAUACAAAAUACAAAAAAUAUAGAUCAUUUAUUUAAUGUAUCAGCUACGAUUGACAAUAUUAAACCAAAGGAAUUAGUGUCAGAAUCAAAUGUUCAAAUGAUAGAUGAAAUAAACACAAACAGUAUAUAUACCCCAUCAAAAUCUUCUGUUACAAAUACUGUGUCACAUAUUAAUGAUUCAGUUAGGCUUUCUGGUAUGAUGCCAUCGAAAACUAUACAAUGUAAUACAGAACCUUUAGAUCUUUGUAAAAUAUCACAGGGUAAUGAAAAUUUACACGAUAAAGAAAAAUCUAGUUUUAGUAAAAAUACUGUACACGUCGGAACAAAUACGGAUCUUUAUAUAAGAAAAUGUCAACGACUUUUAUCACUUUCGGAUUUUUGGGAUUCUAAUCCAACUAGAUCACAAGAAGAAACGCUUAGAAUCAAGAUAGAAGAAGAGAAAUUUCGCAGAGAGCAUUGCGAGCAUCUGAUUCAAGAACUUCAGAAGCGUUUGUUGGAACAACAGGAGAAAGUGGCAGUAGCAGUUAGAGUAGACAAUGAAAAAAAUGUCCUGAUAUCUCAAUUUCAUGUAUCCUGGUCUAAAUUAAAGCAGCAAGUCGAAACAUUAAAAGUUGAGCAUAAAAAUUCACAGACUAAUUUGCAAAAUAUCACAGAAAAGCAUCAGUCUGAGAUGUUAGAACUUCAAACACAAGUUAAACGGCUGGAAGGAGAGUUAUCGAAAGCUUUAGAUUUGGCAGCUGGAUAUAAAGAGAAGAGUGACAUUAUGAUCAAAGAGAAAGUUGAUCUGUUAAAAAAUCAUGCAGACGAAUUAGAAAGUUACAAAUCAUUGGUUCAAGAAGCAGAAAAUAGAUAUGAGAAAAUGAAGAUAGAAUUUAAUAAGUUGUUAGAGAAGAACCAACAAAACGAAGAAAUAUUAAGAACUGUUCAAUCGGAAUUGAAUAAAGAACGUUUGAGGGGAGGAGAAGUUCGAAAUGAGAUGGGUGUUAUUCACAAAGCAUUAGAUACUUGUGAAGCUGAGUUGAUAGUACUCAGACAAGAAAAAGAGAGUUUGCAACUUAAGCUUAAAGAAGAGAUAAAUAGAAAUUCUAUUUUGGAUCAGAAAAAUUCAUUGUUGCUCGUAUCCAUUGACGACGCUAAGAAAGCAGAAUGCUUAUUGUUUCAGAAAUUAGCUAAAGAUGAAACCAAGUCUGUUGCAGAACAAAAGGAAAAAAUCAGAGCAGAAUUACAAGAGGUUUAUCAGAAACAAGUGGAUGAGGUAGUAAAAGCAAAAUUGCAAGAAUUUCAAAUGCAACUUGAUAAUGCCGAAUCAGAAUUUUUAGAGGAAUUAAAAACAAGACAGCAAGUUAUAGCUGAAUGCGCUGCUAGGAAGAUAAAGGAUGUUAUCGAUAAACAUCGUUUAGAAAUAAACUUGCUAGAGGAAAAACAUAAAGAGGAAAAACGAUUAUGCGAACUACAAUUAGCUCAAGCUUUACAGAGAUCAUCUCUAUUAGAAAAGCAUUUGAAUUCUCAACGUGCGUCAAAAUCUCAACUUGCGGAACAAUUGCAUUCCGUUAUGCAAAAACAAUGGCAACAGGCUCUACACAUUAUAUCAGGAAGUAACAUGGAUAAUAUUUCUCCGAUUCAAAAAAUUCACGGAGAUAAAUGUUUUGAUUCUAAAGGUCCUAAAAAAUCAGAAUCAAUGCCAAAUUGUUACACUAAACUUUCUCAGGAAUUAAUAAAACAUACUGCUCAAUCGUUAGAAGCACGUAAUUUAAUUAAUGCACAACCUGUUGAAGAUCAUAACGAAAGCGCGGUAACAAUGAAUUCCAUCGAAAAUGCUCCAUUAACCAAUAGAAAUGAAUCGAAGGAUGAUCUACGAAAAUAUGUGAAAAUGAUUGCAGAAAUGCAGUUAGCAAGAGAAGACAAAGAUCCAAAACUCAGAAGUAGUAUUUCGAGUCCGCCAUUAGGAUGCAGAGAGGUACCGCGGAAACAUUAUUUAAAAAAGGAAUUGAGUAUGAGUGAGGAUAGCGUCAUGUGGCAACAAAGUCCCGAGACUAUACACGAUAUUAGUGAACAUAUACCACUUCCGCAAAAAAUGCUUACAAAAAUAGAUCAGAAGAACAAGCCUCCUUGGAAAUGACAUACAACUUGUGAUGACAAUGAUUUCGAAGGCAUAGAUGAGCUCGAUUAUGGCAACUGAAUUCAGAGUACAGUGUACUUAAUUAGCAGUAAUAAAUUUUUUUAUAUGGAACAAAUAUCAAUCUAUUUUUCUGCAAGACGAAAAUUGAAUAAAACAUUUUUUCAUAUACUGUA